AACGCACAAAAAUUCAGUCUCCACGUUACAAUACCAACAAAACACCUUAAUGGUAGCUUAGAUCUUGUUCUUAUUAGUAGUCUUAAAAUUCCACACUUAAAAGCCACCUAUUUUGAUUCACAAAUCAACACUUAGUAGUAUUCAAAAAGCUUUUUUCUUUUUUGCUAAUACUACCUCCCUAUAUAAACCAUAUUUUCUUUUGAUCACUCUUACAAAUCAAGAUUCAGAUCCUGAAGAAUCAUUGUGAAGAUGGAUAUCAAUGAGUGGGUAAUCCUUUCUGAUGAUGGCUUUUUUGAUGGUGAUGAGAAGCAAAUUUUCUUAGAUAAAAGAAACUCACUCGUCUUUGACAAGGAUUACUUUUGCACCUCACCAAAAUCAACAAAAAUCAUUGAUAUUGAACCAUUAAAAGUGCCAAAACAAGUUUUUCAUGUUCCAAUUCAAUUUGAACCUAUUAUUGACAAGGUUCCAAAUGAAGGGUUGGUGAAAGAAAACACUGAAAAAAUCAAAGUCCCUCAGAUAGAGGAAGCUGAUCAAGAGAGUGUUUCACAAGUUUUCUUUCAUAUAAAAGAGAACAAAUUUGUUGACAUGAAAUUGGAGUCACCAAAAUCUAGUAGUGGUAGAGGAUUAUUUUCUCCACUUGAUGCAGACAUGGAGAUGAUGACAUCUCCUAGAAUGAAGAACAUGGAGAAUGAAAAGGUUGACAUGUACUAUGAUGAGAAAGAAGGAGAGGACAUGAAUGGUGGUUUUAACUUGUGGAAGUGGAGCUUGACAGGAGUUGGAGCUAUAUGUUCUUUUGGUGUUGCUGCUGCCACAAUUUGUGUCUUGUUCUUUGGAAGUCAACAAAGGAACAACAAACUCCAACAAGACCAAAGUAUUAGGUUCAAGAUCUACACUGAUGACAAGUGUUAAGCAGGUGGUACAACAUACAACAAAAUUGAAUGAAGCAUUUGCAGCAGUAAGAGGUGUUCCAUUGAGCAGAGCUCACAUAACUUAUGGUGGCUACUAUGAUAGUGUUUGAGGCAUUGAUGAAACUUUUGGAUGCUACAAUUAGGCACAAAAUCUUCUAUUGUGGCUCUAUUAUAUAUAUAGUUAAUCAAUGUAGAUAAACAAAUGAGGGGUGGUUUUAUGUAAAUUAAGUAACGGAUUAGGGGCCCUUUUGUUACUAGUAUUUUAUAGUUUGGGAAUUUAAGGGUUAAAAAGUUUGUAAGAUAGUUUCCACAAAUUGUUUCCACCAAAAAUGAAAUUAAGUUUCCCUAAAUUAUAGAAUUGAAGUUCUAAAAAAAGAAUGAGUAGAUGGUACCAUUGUAAUAGUUAGGCAUGCUUGACCAAGUGUUGGCAAAAAUAGGUGGAUUUAAGUGCCCAUGACAGCAAUUACAUUUACCUUUCGGAGCAUGUGUUUGGAUGGACGUUUAGAAAAACAUAAUGUGGUGAAAAAACACGUUUAUGCAACCAA